AUGAUUCGUAGAAGUCGUUACCUUGAACAUAUUGGUGGUCUGGUGUCUAUAAGAACCACUCCUGCUCUCAGUCCUUACUUUAUUCUAGGAGAGAUGGCGGAUUUAGCCCUCAAAGAAAGGACGGUUGUGUUCUUUGCCAGUUAUUCUAUUUCUAAAGAGUCGUUCAGGUAAAAAUUCAGUUUUUGUGUGUUUAAGUACAAUAUACACAGAGUAGCGUGUAACAAAGCUUCAAUGCCGGCGAACCCAGAGAACCUUCGUUUUAUCAACCCAGCGUCUUUCGACUUCAGUUCUUCUCUCUCCGAGACUAUGAUAAAGGUAUUAUAAAUAGAUUGUUCGAGAGCUUGAAAAUUUUAGGGGUUAGAAAAUGAAAUUAAGCGGUUGAAUGGUGAGAAAUGUCUCGUCAUUUUGGAUAAUAUGAUGGUCAUUUGUGGACCGAACAGGAAAGACCAGAUCAUGUUUGUCCAUAAGGUUCUUUCAAUGAUUACAAAUGAUUCUACGUUACUUUACACGCAGUGUUCCACUAGUGAUUUACCCUUUGACCAUGAUAGUUGCAUCUCCCUUAAACCUGUGGGAUCGACAUUCGGGAAGAAAGUCACGGGCAUUGUAAGUGAGCUCUCCAUGAAGUCUUACCUUUUAGUUGGAGGUAAAAGUGCUGGCUCCAAUAUUGGCUAAAUCGAAUAUACUUAGGUGGCAUUAUUGCGUGGGCGAGAGAUCUGUUCAGUUUUUCCACCCAGGAAACGCUGACAUAAUGUAAAUAUGUGUAAAGUUGUUUUAUUCAUUUUUUAUUUAUCCUUUUCUCAAUAAAUGUAAGGUGUGUACAUUUUUUUUACUUUCUUAUGCGUAUUGUUGUUCUCAAGCAAUCUACUGUUUCAUUUAUAUAGAGACUAAUUUGCAGUUUAGUUACAACAAUGGCCAAAGUUCCCGAGUCGUUUUUUGGGACCUUCAAGCUGGAGAAGAGUGAAAACUUUGAUGAGUAUCUCGCGUCACGUGGAGUUAACUGGUUCAUCAGAAAGAUGAUUCAAAUGUCAUCGAUUACAAAAAUUAUUGCACCGGGACCUGAAGGAACCUACAACUUUUACAAUAAGAGUAGUAAGACUGAUCUAAAAUACGAGAAUGUAAAAUUGGGUCAAGAGUUCGAAGACAAGGGAUUUGAUGGCGUUCAGCACAAGGUACCUUUUCUUGUCUUGGGUUUCGGCUGGGGGAGGUUUUCUUUCAUUGGGCCCAAUUUCCUUAAUCAAAUUUUUGGUUGAAUAAUUCGACUGUCAAGGUCAAGCUGUAUUAAGUUUGCUUAAAAACACGAAGUCUUGGUAAUUUCGAUUUUUCAUAGUUGUGAAAAUUCGAAUUUCCCACGUAAAUUCAAAUUUUUACCUUCGAAGUCCAAUUUUCCGCAUUCGAUUAGGGACUUUGGCCCAGCAUGACAAAAAAAAACGAGCAAGUGAAUUUUCUGACAUGCUUCCGGACGACCUGUUCGGACUUAUUUUCUUCACUUUUGUAUAAUUAAUGAUUCUUCAUUCAGAUCACAUUCGACAUGGACGGGCCCGACGUUUUAACCGAAAAACACAUCAGAUUGGACCGCCCCGGAGAGCCAGGCGAAACAUACCGAUACACUUUGGAGGGAAACUAUCUUAUCCUGGUACGUGUAAGGAACAUUAAAGUAUGACUUUUAGGGACUGUCCAACGGCGAUAUUCUGGCCAAGCGAUUCUUCAAAAAGACCGACUAA